AUGCCAUACCCUCAGAGACUUCAGAAGGCAUCCAAAGACAAGCAAUUUUCCAAAUUUUUGGAAGUCUUUAGGAAGCUUCAGAUCAACAUCCCUUUUGCAGAGGCCCUUGAGCAAAUGCCUCUUUAUGCAAAGUUUAUGAAGGAGUUGUUGAGUAACAAGAGGGAUUGGAAAGAAAGUGAGACAGUGCCUACUCGUAUUUCUCUUCAACUUGCUGAUCAUUCUAAUAAAUACCCUCUUGGAGUUGUUGAGAAUUUACUUGUGAAAGUAGGACCUUUUAUCUUUUCUGCUGAUUUUAUCAUAUUGGAUAUGGAAGAGGACAAAAAUGCCUCUAUUAUUCUUGGAAGACCCUUUUUGGCCACAGGAAGAGCCCUUAUUAAUGUUCAAAAGGGUGAAUUGACUUUAAGGAUCAACGAAGAUGAAAUUGUCCUUAAUGUGCUCCAGGCCUUACAACACCCUAAUGAAUCUAAAGGGUGUAUGAGAGUUGAUAUGAUUGACCCUCUGAUUGAAGAGGCAAUUAAAGCAGAAAAGCUUGAUGAUGUUCUGGAUUCUCUUUCUAAGAAUGAUUUACUUGAGAUUGAUGAUUCACCAUGUUAG